AUGGCUGCACGUUGUUUGUUUGGUAUAUUCGUUUUUGGAUCACAUUCAUCGGUAGUUUACCGAUUUCUCACCGAUGACUUGUAUGCUCAUUUGACCGAAUGUUUCAAAAAUAGAGGUUACAAACUCUCUACUGAUACGAAUGACAAUACUCAAUCUAUGGAUGACAAUGAAGAACAACCUUUGUCAGUAGACGAUGCUCUAUCUGUACAUCUGGCGAUACUGAUUCGAGUUCAUGAACAAACCUCAUCACGUCAGGAUCCUCUCCGGCGAAUAACACUCAAUUCCGGUAUACAAGUAUUCUUCGAUCAGAUCGCAGAAAACAAUCUAAUUUGUAUGGCUGAUAAAUCAUUUGAAACAGUAAUUGUGUUAAAAACCAUCAAUCUCCUCAAAGCUCUAAUCAAAUUUCACAUUGGUGCUUUACCAUUUAUACAUUACAAUGCUGCAGAUCAAUUAAUCAAUAGAAUAUCUGCUUCAUUACAAUAUUAUCUAAAUAAUGUCACAACGAAUCAAGCGUUACUUUUUGAAACUUGUGAAUAUCUUCAUAUAAACCCAUACGUUCGAGAGAAAUGCAAUGAUGCGUGUACAAUGAUUAGUAACGAUGUGCAAAACUCGCUUAAAAUUCGAAAGAAAAUUGUAGUUAUUACUUGUAAUGACAAGAUUGUGCAUAUGUAUCAUAGCCCUGAUCAAAGUCGUCCGAAUAAUGGUGAUCUCUUCUUACUUGUUUUAAACAAUCUUAGUCGAUCAUUGCGCAAAGAAUUCGAUGGAAUCAAUCUCUCGAAUGUAAUGGCACAUAAGUUUCAAACAAAAUUCGACAAACCAAGUCAAAGUGUCAUAGAUACGACAACACCUAGGAAUCAUAGUAUAUCAUAUCCACCUACAGAAAGAACAAACUCAUGUCCGAAUCUCUCUCUUUCAUCUUCAACGGGAUCAAAUGACAAAUAUGAGUUUGCUCAUCGAAGUGAAGUGGUAUUCUUACGAACGUCGAAUAAGGUCAUCGCACCAUUCACACUGUUUACUAUCCCAUUAAAAGAGAAUAUUUCCGCACUUAUUCUUGUCGAAUGGCAAAAUAGUGCAGUUUGUUCAAGUAUAUAUGAACUGAUUCGCCAUCUAGAUUCGUAUACAACACAUGGACUCUUCCCAUACGAUAAAUUGAGUCCACAAGUGAAAUCUGUUGAAAGUAGUGGUGCUGUUCGACGCUAUUUUGAAAAUAUGAACUAUUCGUCGAAUAUUCUCUCUGAUACGUUAAACAAAGCGCAUGCAUUACAUAGAUCAGCCUCCAGAACAAAUACUGACAUUAAUGAAAGACAUCGACAAGGUCUCAGUAUUCUUCGCCAUUUGACGAAUAUGAGUUUGCUAUCAACGGACGUAUUUCGUCAUUUAUUUUUUGAUUCUGAUGAGUAUGCUCGUCGAUGUAGCAUCGAUAUUGAUCACGAUCAAGAAGCCGAUGUUCAAAUGGAAGGUAUUGAUCCGGUAGAUACACGAUACCGUCGAAAUGAACACGAUACAUCCCAUAUGGCGAAAACGGUUCGAAAGAAAAUCAAUUCACUAUUAGAAGAUUGGUUUUCAUUUAUCGAAGUCAAAUCACAACGAAAUAUCACGAUGAGUUUUUGUGAUGUUCCCUUUUCUGGUCUCGUUCAUUUUGCCUUCAUUAAUCGAUCACGGGGAUUAAUCUGGACGCCGACGUUGACUGUUGACGAUCAUCGAUAUCGUCUCUUCACUCAUCCCGAUGGAAAUGACUCCGAAUUUCUUCUCGAGAAAAAAAUUUUAGCAUUCGAAACUGAAUGUUUAACAGCACUUCAGAAUGGUUUCACAUCCUACACAAUGUCAGAUGAACAUUUCACGUUCAAUUAUGCAUUAAGACUACAAGAGGAUAACGGUGCGUCGGCAAGACUCUAUAAAUCUUUCGUUCAAUUGCAACCACCUGGUGUACUAUAUUUUGAUUUCUACAGAGCAUUGGUCGAAGAAUUCUACCGCUGGCUUCCAGAUCAAUCCAUAAGAUGUUACGAACUGAUCGCUGUACACUUAUCUGUAGUGCCUCUUCAUAUUGUGCAAAUGCAAUUCGAUAAACUUUGGAGAAAACUAAUGGAAUUCGAUAAAAUGUCCGAGUCAUGA